UUUCUUUAAACGUUGCUUUUAUCUUUUCGUGAUCAUUCUACCGCAAAAUCAGCAUUUCAAAUCACUAGCGUCAGUGACAAUGAAAUUCCAUGACAAUGGAAAUGACAAUGAAAUUCCACAAGCGACGCGAAAUCUGCAUACUGGGAAUCUUUGAAAGCUGCAUACUCGGUAAUCGCGUGACAACAUUAUUCUAAAAGCAGUUCACCGAGGCGGUUAACUUAUAGACGUUUUCGAUUAGCGAAACGCCGUUAAACAUAAUAAUACGGAAUCACAGCUACUGUGAGUAUAAAAUUCUAACAUUCAUCGCGUCAUCUUUGGGUCAAUUAAUUAUUCUCCCACAUAAAUCUAAUGCUUUGUGGAGCCUCAUGUCACUUAAGUGUCAAUACUGAAGCCAAAGAUGGCGUCACAAGAACCGAUUCCUCAAGCAGCUUCAACGACUCCGGGAGAGAUUUCUCCCCAUUUUGACAAACUACUCCGAGAUGUUACAGAUGCGCUAACCGCUGAAGAACUCAAAGAUGCUGUUGCAACCAUAAAGAACACCUUUGAGGUAAAUUCUCAGGAUCAAACAGAUCACGAUUUAUAUUCACAUCUUCGAUUGUUCGCAACUCGAGAUAUUUUGUCUGAGGAAAAUCUAACGUUGCUGGAGAGAUUUGUUGCUUGUAAAUCAUCAAAGAGGAAGGGUAUCACAAAGAGAAUCGAUGCAUUUAAGCAAAGCCGUCUCCAUAGCGCUACACCAAAGGUAUCAGGGCAACCAAUUAAAGGGAGAGACCUCGAUUUGAAUGUAAUCAUGGCCAAACUAACCGGAGCCAGAGCGAAAGAAAUCGUUAAUUUGUAUGGCCCCGGUGGUGUAGGAAAGACAACAUUGGGAAAAGAGAUUUGUCUUAGGUGGCCAGGACAGUCAAUCUCUGUCGACAUGAGGGAGGUUGCGGAGAUGAAAGACGUUUACUUUCACAUUAUGAUGGCACUGGAUACAAAAAGGACAGUUUUAAGUUACGAUGAAAAUCCAGUUAUUAAUCAGCUUCGGAAACUGAGGAUGGACAGUCCAAGUGACGUUCUCUUACUCCUGGACAAUGUGGACAAGUUUUCUGGCGGAAAUGGCGAUCUUGUGAAGACCUUGAAUGAUAAGAUGGUUAAGCUACUACAAAGGCUCGUCGAACAGAAGAAUAAGAACGAGAAGGACGAGGAGGGAAUUGCCAGCUUGAAGAUAAUUUUGAUAUCCAGAGCACCUUUCCAAGGGCUUAACCCCCGCGAAAGCGAUUGCUAUGAAGUGAAGGCUUUGGGAAGAGAGUUCUCGCAAGAGGUGAUUCUUGAAAAGGCCGGAGAAUUACCUGUCUUAGAGAUUGGAAAAAUUGUGGACAUGUGUAAAGGGUAUCCACUUCUUCUAAAUGGCAUGGCGGCCAUUAUUCGGCAAAAGAUAGCAGCUGGUGAGAAGGUUCUAACAACGAUUAAAGAUGAACUGACGACGUUAGAGACUGAAGGUGAAACUGCCCUCUCACCAGUACAGGACCAGCAGGAAAGAGAAGCAUGGCAAUGUCUUAGUAAGGAGAUUGGUGAAGAUAAACUAUCUUGUUUGAGAAAGAUGUUUUUUUUACUCCCAACCAACAAUCUGAAAUUCUCUGCCCUAGCAUUAUCCCUGUUUUGCCAUCCAUUCUCUGAGGAAACCGCUGCUUCUGUCCUCGGUGUAGAGUCAUCAGAAGCAAUCAUUGUCUUAGAAGGUUUGAGAAGUAGAGAGGUGUUGUCAGUGUAUCCUGAUGCUAAAGAGCUCCUCUAUGAUAUCCAUCCCUUGAUGCGAAGCUUCCUGAGAAGUAUUGGAAAUAGUUCAGUGUUUAGAAAGGUCUUCGGCAAAGCAAAAGAUAGAUUUCGCGAGCUUUACUUCUCAAAAAUGACCUCCAUCUCGGCACUGUUGGACAAAAACUACUUGAGUGCAUUCGACCAUUUUGACCAUGACAAGCCUAACUUUGAGUUUGCUUUAGAACUUCCCUUUAAAGCGGAAGAUUUGCAUCGUUUGAAAGAACAUCAUGAAAGGGCCAUGAUCUACUUUCUUUUUGAAGCAAUGCUUGACAGCAAACAGAGGAGAAAUAUUUUCAAAUCGUGGGCAGAAGCAACUGAAGAGGACGGAAGGGAAGGAUCCCUCUUUCGCGUGGAAAUGAGAUCCAAUGAGGCAAUGCAAGUUCUGGAAAUCCAUGGAUGGAAGAGGGCAGCUGACAUCCUGAAACUUGCAGAUGAGUCCUUUCUGAAAGUCGAUAAGAGAAUGGAGAACGGCACUCCUUACAGAUUUGCUUCUGCCUCUUACCUAUACGUCGCAGGCGAGAUUUUCUACAAAAAGGGAAGUGUACAGGAAGCACUCCGAAAUUUUCAUUCCUCACUUGAUUUGAUGGAAGAACUCGUCGGAAAUCAUACAAGUACCACGAAAUGUUUAAAUGCGAUUGGAAACUGCCACAAUGCGCUUAGUAACUUUAAAGAUGCGAUGAACUUUUACACAAGAGCUUUUGAAAUGCGAAAAGUUCUUUCAGAUUCAAAGAACCAUUUGGAUUUGUCAUUUUUCAAGGGUCAGAUAGGUACGGUUUACGAAAUGCAAAAAGAAUAUGGAAAGGCCAUUCUGUGUUAUCAAGAAGCUCUGGAGCUUUCUAAGCAACUGAAACGCUCAGGAAUCUUACGCUUGGCACUCUUUCACAGAAACAUCGCCAACGCUCACGCAUGGAAAAGAGAAUACGAGAAAGCGUACAAGUCCGCAAUGGAUGCAUAUGAGAUUAGAAAAGACAUAUUAGGUGACCAUCCUGACACGGCAAGGAGUGCAUUUCAGGUGGGAGAAAUUUGCAGAAGUUUAGAUCAAUCGGAAGAAGCUGAAGAAUUCUUAGACGAGGCAUGGAGAAUUGAGAAAUCCUUGGAGAUGGGCAACCACAGCGCAGUGAGAGAUCGGAUAGUACAAAGCUACGAAAACGUCCUUACUAGCGACAGGCAAAAUGAGUUCCGGCAAGAGGCCUUAGAAUUUUAUGUAAGGCUGUGGCAAGAAGAUAAAGAAUUUACCUACGCCAAGAAGAGUAUCAUCGAUCAGAUCAUCGAGCGGCUUGAUAGAUACGGAGACAGAAAAAUGAAGAGCAAAUACCGGAAGGAGGCUCUGGAGUUUUAUGUAAUGGCCUGGAAUUCGCCAGAUCUUCAACAACUCCCACGAAUCCAGCGUGAAGAAAUCUUGCAGAUUAUAUUGUACUUAAGUAAACUGCUCCGUGAGAAAGAACUGCACAAGAAAUUCCAAGGCGAGCAAUUUCGAUUCUAUGAAAAGCAAUGGGAAGAGGGAACUGUCAUGACGGCUCAAGAUGUAAAAGAUAUUCUUCGUACUCUUCAACGCUUAGCUACCCAACUGGGUGACGUAGGAAAGAGCGAGAAAUACAAGAAACUCCAUGAGGAAUACAGGAGAGGGGCAAGUUCACAGCAGUUUAUGCAGAUUGUUCCAGCCGCAGGAUCAUUGGCGGAGCCAAGUAGCAGCUCAAGUGGUGGUGACCAACCUGGUAUAGUUCCCGAAAAGUCUCUUAAAGAAAAAAAGCAUUCAAUUCGGAUAGAAAACACAACUUCUGUGUCUCAGGAAAAGAGUGAGAACAUGUUUGUUGUAAAGAAGCCAGUGGAUUUAAGCGCUGUUGAAGAGUCAUCCUCGGACACCCAAAUACUUACGAAACAGAACGAGCAAGAAACAGCUGAGGGUGAUUUAUCCAAGGAAAAAGAUCUUUCCACAACACAAGAUGACUUCCCAGACAACCGUAUAGGCAUUCAACUAAGGGAAAAUAUCAACAGAGCAUUCGGGAUCAUUACAAGCGAAGGUGGCGAGGUCACAGCAAAUGAUGUCCAACUCGUAUGCUCACCCGGAGCUGUUGACAAUCCUGUGUCUGUGAAGAUAACUCUGGAGGACCCAGUAACGUACUAUGGCUUGGUAGUGCAAAGAGGGCUCGAAAAUGACAUCGUGUUUGGCGCACCGAUAAUCAAUCUCUUGCCGAACGGCCAUUUUUUUAAGAAACCCAUAGCACUUACAUCCAGGAUUAAGAUCGAUCAAAGAGGUUCAGAUUAUCGUGAUGUCCUAGUUUUACAUGGAACCGAGGCCAAAGACGGAACGAUUUCCUGGAGGGACAUUACCCAAACCGCUACCAUUAAUGUCUCAAAAGGUGAGGUCAUCACUAAACUCGAUCGAUUCUCCAAAGUUGCUUAUCUACUGACAUUGACUUGGAUAAGUGCCAAAGAGAUUGUAUCACGACUCAAUCUGAUGCCAUUCAAGUACUCGGUAUCAGCUUUCUUCAAAAAGAGCCCUUCAGAGCUUGCCUUGGCAUUCAUGAGUGAGGACAUCUUCCACGAGCCAUACUUCAAAGAGCACCAUGCUUCUGCCUUCGCGCAAAUGACAAAUGAGGGAUUCGAACUGUUAAGCAUGCGUUCCACUGGCGGGCAUUCAGAGAGAAGUAUCUAUAACAGUGAAUGUCUUCAAGUCUCUGUUGAUCUCGAGGAGGACUACCAGGUGGUUGGCGAGCAGGCGAAUCGUGUUAUUGUAGAUUGUUCUGUCUGGUGGAAUACUGGCGAAAUAAUCAAAUUUCCUCUGCACGCAAUCAAUGAUGUCGGGAUAUUAUGCGGAAGAAUCAAAGUACAGGGCCAGUAUGGGCAUUCCAGAGAAAGCCAUUUCUCCGAACAAGAUCUACUUGGCUAUGUCAGACGGUUUCUGGGAGUCGAGGGAGAAGUGUUCAACCUUAUUCCCAUUCUGGCCCAAAAGAUUCAGAUUCAUGCCGAUGAUGUUUGUGAGGACGUCGUCAAGCACUGGCAAGAUGACGAUGUCCAAUUAAAGAUACUCUUGCAGCCCUGGAUUGAGACUGGCUCAGCUAAUACUAUGGAUCAUUUGAAAAAAAUUCUAUCAGAUUUAAAGGAAGAAGACUAUAAAGUGACAAAAAGAGGCCAAAUGCAUAUUAGAAACUUAAGAGAGCUUGCAGUGAAGAUCGCGGCAUUAAAAGUCCACCAUACUGAUUUAAAGAAGUUUUUCAUCCAAAAAAUUCAAAUUCUUUGCCAAGCAGUGAUGAGAGAUUGUUGCAUUCAAGUAGAGAAUUCAAGUGAAGAUAUCGAUAGAGCCUCGUCAUCCGGUAACUAUGCAAAGCAUCUUGAACUUCGAAAAAAGAUUUCCAGAAGGACAGCUGCAAAGUACCAACGAUUGAUCUCAUCCAAAGAUGAAUCAGUUGUCACAAUGUUUUUAGAAAUCGUUCCUAAUCUCAUUCAAGAGGUGAAAGCCAUGUUUGGCGCGCAGAAAAUUCCUCCUGCGCUCAAUGGUCUGAGAGGAAUAGAUGAGAAAACACUGGGACCAAUGGCGUCCAACGUUCGAGAAUCUCAGGAAAACAACAAAAUCAGAAAGCUUAUUUGUCAUAUCUGCAAGAUCGUGGAAAAGCUUUGCGACCUAAACUGUAACAGCAACAACCCGCCUGAGCGUGUUCGAAAGUUGGGCCAAAGUCUAGCGAUUCUACCUAUGCUAGACAUUUUACAGUCAUUUUUCUUAAAAUGUCCAGAAGAAAUCCGGCUGCACAAGAGGUUGGAAUUGCUUUCGGUUUGCAUAAGAGACAUAAUUUCCGAUGAAAUAGAAGUCAACGAGGCGACUAUGCGCGACUUUUUCGACCUUUCUGCUAGUCUAAUACACUUUGCAAAAUUUGAUCCAGCCAGAAUGGUGAGGUUUGAGCUGAGUGACUCGAACAAUUCCUCCGUGGAGUGCCAAAGGGGAGGGCUAACGUACGAAACGGACAGUGACACGUACUAUGAGGAAUUCGUCGUUGAUAACGUAAUUGAGCAAGAUCUGCUGCUCAAUGCAGUCGCAGCCAUCAGUGUCGAAGGAAGAACUCACAAAAUAGGUACCGGUGCUUUCAAGUUAACUAUCGUACUUCCGGCAUCUGAGGAGGAAACUUUCGACGAAUGCUGCACCUCAUUUGGUUCAACUGUCAGCGUGAAGAAGCUGAAAGAUCAGAACUCCUCCAACUUUAGAGUGGUUCUUUGUUCAACAGGGAAGGAGAUCCUAUCACAUGUGGUCGUUGCGCUCGAACGAAAACUAAAGGAUGAGGUAGACUGGAAACGGUCAGAGGUUACCCCCUGUAAACUCACGAUGCGCACCCGUGCCACAGAACCUUCAAAAACGAGUGUUAAACUUCGCCUGGUUUACAAAUGGAAAUCAGCGGGGCUUCGUCUUGAAAGUCAAGACUUUAUCGCUGAUGCUGACAUAAAUACCGACAGCACUUGGGGAGUGGAUGAUUCGAUGGAUGGAGAUGCAACUCAUGUAUUAUCGCCACUUGCUGAUGGUAGUUUCCUGAAUGACUUCGCGAAACAGCAGUCGCAGACACAAGUUCCUUCGCAAGUCAGCAUAGUUUUUCUUUCAGAGCUUCAUCAACACGUUCAUCAUGUACAUAAUAUCCAAGACGUAAAUGUUAAAUCUGAGUACUGCGCAGUCGGGGACCAUUCUUCCUUUUCCAUUCAGGAACCAUCAACCAGCACAAGAGCCCCUCUACCAGGUCCGAGUACAGCUACACAGAGAAGCAUAACUGACGGCUCGCAGAACAGAGACACACACUCUUCUGGAGAAUAAAAUAAUACCUGCUGUAGGAAAUAACUCCCAGUUUAGAAUUCAAUUCACAUGUUGUUAUGAUAAGUAACACUUCAAUUCAUUCUCUAUAUCUCUGCGGCUUAAAACUAACUGAUUUUAAGGUGGCAAAACUUAAGUUUGAAUGUUCGGACAUUAUUAUUCAAUGCGACAAUUUUAUUUAUAACUGUAUCGGUGAAUGAUUGUUUUUGUUUUGUUUGUUUGUUUUAAGUGGAAGAGAAUUUUAUGUCUGAAUCUC